GCAGUGUAAAGUAGUACAGCUCAGCUCAGCUCAGCUCAGUGACACAGUGACACACAGUGACAGCAGUGGCAGGACAGUGUUGCCAGCACAGCAUAACACAGCAUAGUGUUGGCCCUGUGUGCAGUACGCCGCGCCCUGACGCCAAGCUCCACCCCGCCCACCCGCCCACCCAACCUUGCGCUGCCACGCCCUCGCCCGGCCACACGCCCGGCCCGUCACGUCCCGUCCCACGCCGGGCCGGAUCUGAGCGGCGGGCGGUAAGAGGCGGUGAGAGGCGCCCUGGCAUGGGCCCUGCCGGCGGGCGCGAGGCGCGGCCCCCGUGGCUCCCCAGCAGGCAGUGAGCGGCGCGGUAUGGACGGCCACCACCACGCCCGCGGGGGCGGGGAGCUGCCGCCCCUGCAGUAUCCUGGGCGGGCGGCGCGGCAGCUGGGGCGGUGCGCGGCGUGCUGGUCGCGCGUGGCGGCGGCGCUGUGCAGCAACGCGGGCGUGUGUCUACUGGUGGUGCUGUACACCGUGGCGGGGGCCUUCCUGUUCGCCACCAUUGAGGGCGGGCAGGUGGCGCUGCAGGUGACGCCCACGCCCGAGGCGCCGCGGGACGCUGCCGUGAUGGAGUCGCUGCGGCAGCACGCACGCGGCCUGCGCCAUGAGACGGUGGAGCACCUGUGGACCAUCACGGAGAGCCUCAACAUCCUGUACCGCGACAACUGGACCAGAGUGGCGGAGCAGGAGCUGCUCAAGUUCAGCGAGAAGCUGCUCACACGCCUGCACGAGGGCGCCGCGCCAGCCCACCCAGCCACGGCACCCGCCACGGCACACACCUCAGCCUACCAGUGGACCUUCGCCGGCUCCUUCCUCUACUCCCUCACCGUCAUCACCACCAUCGGGUACGGUUCGGUGGCCCCGCAGACUGCCCUGGGCCGCGUGGUGACCAUCAUAUACGCACUGCUUGGGAUUCCGCUCAUGCUGCUCUACCUGUCCUCUGUUGGUGACCUUCUGUCCCGGGCCCUGAAGUGGGUGUGGUGGAGGAUGUGCAGGUGCCGCCGCCGUCGCCGCCGGCGCCCACCCACCGCCCGUCCCAACACUCACACGCCCACGCCAUACACCAACGUGGACGCGCCCACCAAGCGGAAGUGGGGCAGUGACGGUGGCGGCAGUGACGGCGAAGGUGGUGAUGGUGGUGAGGGCGGCGAGGGCGGCGCAGUGCCGGUGACGCUGUGCCUGGUGCUGAUGGUGACGUACAUCUGUGGCGGCGCGGCGGUGUUCGCGCACGUGCACCGCUGGUCCUUCCUGCACGCCGUGUACUUCUGCUUCUCAUCGCUCACCACCAUCGGCUUCGGGGACCUGGCGCCCGCCGUCACACCCGCGGGCUCCACGGGCGUGCAGGUGGCGCUGCUGGGCGCCGCGCUGUACCUGCUGGUGGGCAUGGCGCUUAUCGCCACCUGCUUCAACCUCAUGCAGGAACAGAUGACCAGCCGCGGCUACGGCCUGGGGCGCCGCAUGGCCUCCCUCAUGGGCACCCCUGGCCCCGGAGGCGGCGCCCCGCACCGCUUCCACCUGGACGACACCUGA